ACGGAAAGGGAGCGCCUCGUGGAGUGCUGUAAGGGAGGUGACGCGAAUCACGAGGUUGCCGGUGGAUGGCGGAGAUGCUGCGAUUCUGCGCGGCGGCGGGCCUUAUCAGGUACAGCGACGCGGCGGUGGCGGCGGCCGAAUGCCGCGGCCGGAGGAGGUGGGCGGCGGUUCGGUGCUCCUCCAGAGCGAUCCCCGGGCAGGAGGCGGCGGACGUGGCAGCGGCGUCGAGGCUAGUCGCCGGGGUGGGGGCGGCGGGCGGGGCAGAAGGCAAGGGGCUGGCGGAGCGGUUGCGCCUGGGGAGUCUGGUGCCGGAUGGGCUGUCGUAUAAGGAGAGCUUCGUAGUGCGGUGCUACGAGGUGGGGAUCAACAAGACGGCUACCGUGGAGACGAUCGCCAAUCUACUCCAGGAAGUAGGAUGCAACCAUGCACAGAGUGUGGGGUUCUCCACUGAUGGAUUUGCUACGACGCCUACCAUGAGGAAGCUCCGCCUAAUAUGGGUGACUUCUCGCAUGCACAUUGAGAUAUACAAGUAUCCUGCUUGGUGGGUUAUUAGGAAUGUGCAUUUCAUCUCCUUGAAUUCUGAGUCGGAGGUUGGGGCUUACGUCAUAGUUCUUGCCAGGGGUGACGUGGUUGAGAUAGAGACAUGGUGCCAAGGGGAGGGAAGAAUUGGAACCAGGCGUGAUUGGAUUCUCAAGGAUUUGGCCACUGGUGAAGUAAUUGGAAGAGCUACAAGCAAGUGGGUAAUGAUGAACCAAGACACACGGAAGCUUCAACGAGUAAGUGAUGAAGUCAGGGAAGAAUAUCUUGUGUUUUGUCCAAGAACUCCUAGAUUAUCAUUUCCAGAAGAAAACAAUGGCAGCCUGAAGAAAAUUCCCAAGCUUGCAGAUCCUGCUCAAUAUUCAAGAUUAGGACUUGUGCCAAGAAGAGCUGAUUUGGACAUGAACCAACAUGUAAACAAUGUGACUUACAUUGGAUGGGUCCUUGAAAGCAUGCCUCAAGAAAUUAUUGACACCCAUGAGCUGCAGACAAUCACUCUAGAUUAUAGGCGAGAAUGCCAACAUGACGAUGCAGUGGAUUCACUUACCAGUUCAGAAUUUGCGGAAAAUGGUAGCACAAAUGGGAUUGCCACCACAAAGCCACAUGAUCAGGAGCUCCAGCAGUUCUUGCAUUUCUUGAAAUCGUCUGGCACCGGUCUUGAAAUAAAUCGAGGCCGGACAGAGUGGAGGAAACUGAUUCGUUAAGGUUUUGGUUCAUGUACACCAGUUUUUGCUAGCAGAUAAGAGAACUGGUUGGUUAAGUUAUUUUAAUUAUGUUGCAUGUUUACCUGGUAAAUUUCAUCAUUGAUAUUGCGUUAGCUUUGGACAUACUUAUUAUUGCUCUACCGAGAGGACAUUGGACUGUCAAGCAAGCGAUCUUGAUUCCUUUUCUUAAUGAGCCAUGUAAGAUUUGGGUGUAGCAACCAAUGUAUGCUUGGAGACCAAUAAAUUAUUCAGUUUGUUAAGACUGAGGGAAUUUGUAUCCA